UCUUUCCCAAAUCCUCAUCCGCAUCUGCUCGUCUGACUUUCCUUGACUCGAUCGUUCUUCCUACUCGACUGUCAACACUCGACGCAACCCCUUCGAUGGCUCAGGCACGCGUGCGCCUUACUCCGGCCGCCUACACGCCGGCCGCCGCGUUCCUCUCGGGCUCCAACCCCAGACCCGCCCACCUCACCUUCUUCCCGAAGCUCACCCCGACCUCCAUCUCCGCAACCGCGGCUGCCAAUGCGCCGCCGCCCCACAUCGUCGUCGUGGGCUCUGCCAACGCCGACAUCUACGUCGAGGUCGACCGCCUCCCGCUAAUCGGCGAGACCGUGGCGGCCCGCGCGGGGCGCAGCCUCGCGGGCGGCAAGGGCGCCAACCAGGCCGCCUGCGGCGGACGCCUCGCGCUGGGUCCUACCUACCUCGUGGCUCGCGUCGGCGAUGACGCAAACGGCCGACUCCUCGAAGGUGCCCUAGCCGACGCCGGCGGUGUCCGCACCGACCGCGUCGCGCGCGCGGCCGAUGCGCCAUCGGGACACGCCGUCGUCAUGCUCAUGCCCGACGGCCAGAACUCCAUCAUCAUCGUGGGCGGGGCGAACAUGGAGGGCUGGGCGGCGGGGAUCGGCCCGGAGGAUCUGGAAUUGAUCCGAAAGGCCGGCGUACUGCUGCUGCAGAGGGAGAUACCCGAUUGGGUCAACGCGCAGGCUGCCCAGGCUGCAAAAAGUGCCGGAGUGCCUGUUAUCAUGGACGCUGGUGGAAUGGAUGCCCCUGUGCCUGGAGAACUACUCAGUCUAGUGGAUAUUUUCAGUCCAAAUGAAACAGAGCUAGCACGUUUGACUGGGAUGCCUACUGAGACGUUUGAACAGAUCAGCCAGGCUGCAGGAGAAUGCCAUAAAAUGGGUGUGAGAGAAGUACUAGUUAAACUUGGAUCACAAGGAUCUGCUUUGUUUGUUGAGGGAGAGGAGCCAAUCAGGCAGCCGAUAAUUCCUGCCACAGAAGUUAUUGAUACCACGGGGGCUGGUGACACUUUCACCUCAGCAUUUGCUGUAGCUCUGGUUGAGGGGAAGCCUAAGGAGGAGUGCAUGAGAUUUGCUGCUGCCGCCGCCUCUCUUUGUGUUCGUGUAAAGGGUGCUAUACCCAGCAUGCCUGACAGAAAAUCAGUAAUGAAGCUUCUGGAUUCUGCGAAAGUCGAAUAACCGCAGAAUGCGAUGAUCGUUCAAAGCUGUCCUCAUUCGUCGGCGAUAGGGGUACGCGGAAUUCGUGGGAUCGAUCCAUCAAGUGUCGCUACGCCUUCACGUGCUCCUCCCCCAAAUAAUGCGAUGGUCUCCAUUCCCUCCGAUCUCCUCCAAGGCGGAGGAAACGCAUUUUCCGGUGCCGCCCGGAUGAAAAAUCCCCCCACACACAAAAUAAGAAACGGUCCCUUGUGCGUUUAACUCCCGUCUUUGCAGACAGACACACAUAGUUCUACUACAUACUCCCCCGGUUCCGUGAACACAAUAAACAGUUUCACACUGGGCCGGAGCUAUCGGACGGUAACUCUGAUCUUACCCUGGUGCAAGUCAAUGCGUUAUCUGAACUGAA